GGCAUCCCAGUGCUGGAGCUCGUGGACUCCAUGGCCAACUGGGUACAUCACACACGCAGCACAUCCUGCCUCAGGGCCGCUGUAUGUGGGUGAACCCAAUGUAGAAGACGGAGGAGGAGUUAGGGGAGGAAGAAGAGAAGGCGGACGAGGGGAUGGAGGAGGUGGAGCAGGAUGUCGGUCCCCCUCUUCUGACUCCUCUCUUGGAAGAUGCAGAAGUCAUGCACCUGUCGCCCUGGACCACCCGCAUCUCCUGCAGCCUCAGCCCUCAGUACUCGGUGGCCAUUGGGCGCUCCAACCUCUGGCCGCGGGCCUACGCCUACGCCUAUGCCAUUGGCAGGAAGUUUGAGAACCUCUACAUUGGCUGGGGUCACAAGUACAGCCCUGAGAAUUUCAACCCAUCCCUGCAAGCUCCGAUUCAGCAGGAGUACCCCAGCGGCCCUGAGAUCACGGAGAUGAGUGACCCCACGGUGGAGGAGGAGCAGGCCUGAAGGCUGCACAGGAGCAGGCCCUGGCAGCCUCUGAGGAAGAGGAGGAGGAGGAGGAGGAUGAAGAAGACCUGGAGGACUAAGGUCACCAAGCUCUUUUCCAGAGCCUUUCCCCUUAGUGGUAGUUACAGAUUAUAUUUUUUCGGUUGCUUUUGUUCCCUGCCCUUGCAGGACACGGGUAGGAAGGCACACAAUGCUCCAAAUAAAACCCCCCACAGCACAGCCGCUAAGUUACAUUCAUCAUCAUACUGGGCGGUUGGGUUGACUCAUUCCAAAAAAAAAGAAAGAGAGGCAGUGUCUGCACACAUUUGCAUUCCCGCAACUGGACGUACCAGAUCC